AUGGCAAAGGCUUUUUAUAGGCUGAGAAAAAUUUUUACCCUUGAGCUCUUCUCUUCAAAGGGUAUUGAAGCUCUUAGACCUAUCAUAGAAGGUGAAGUCAGAGCAGUGGUUGAAUCCAUUUGUAAAGAGACUAUUAAUCCAGAUAACCAUAGCGAGAUUUCGUCACUGAGAAAGUAUUUUGCAUGCUGUAGUCUCAAACAGCGUUUCGUUAAUACGUUAUCCAGGCAUCUGGCACGUAGAGACGGGCUCAUUCGAGCUGUAAUGGAGGCUUACUGGGCUGAAAACAAAAAUGGCGGUAAUGCCAAGCCGAAUCUUUUGGAUUCACUUCUUGGUUUCCAAGAAAAUUAUGGCCCUAGCAAGGAUAACAUUAGAGAACUACUCUGGGACGUGACGAAUGCGGGCACGGAGACGAGCAGUAUAGUUGUUGAAAACGCCACGGCUCAAUUGGUCAACAAUCAAAGGGUGCCAUUCAGGGCUCAAGAAGAGCUUGACCGACCCCAUUGGCCAUUGCUGCCGUCCACAAGUCCCAACGUCAAGAAUUGUGGCUGCAACAUUCCCAUGGGAGCAAACGCUCAUGUGACUGUUAGGGCCAUAAUACGCAACCCAAAAACGUUGCUAGAUCCAUUAGACUUCAGACCUAAAGGGUUCUUGGAAGAUCACGCAGAAAUUCAGGGUCAUGAUUUUCCGUUGCUUCCAGUUGGUUUUAAAGGGUUUCAUAACCUGUGA